AAUACAAACAGGAAACACGUUGCAUGUGCUAUUCUGAAUGUUGAUGUUUUGAGUAAUACAUUUAGAAUUAUAUUAAAAUACUACCAAUUUCAAUUCGUUUUAUUUUAUAGAUGUGAAAAUGGCUGCUUCAAAUUAUUCCCUGAAGGUCAACAGACAACUACUGGACCCAAAUUUCGAAAGUUAUAGGUUGUCUUUGGACCCCAUACCAACUUACACGAUUGAGCUAGAUGCAGCCGUGGCGGAGGUCAAGCUCAGAGACAGCCAGUACACCCUAGACCAUGUGCGGGCAUUUGGCAUGUACAACUACUUACAUGGGGACCCCUGGUACCAGGACAGCGUCUACUUUGUGGACUGCAAGGGACGCGUGCUGAACCUCACCGUCACGCUGGACACAGCCUUGGGGAAGCCUAGGGAGGUCUUCCACCUGCCUGAGGAGCUUGGCCCGUGCGAGAACCGCCUAUGUGCUUCACUCAGUCUCACCUCAGCCACCUGGGCUAUGCUCUCGGAUGGCAUUGGCACGCUGUACCUCCUCAGGACCGGCAAGAGGGGCGAGAGCGCAUUCGCCAAGUGGGAGCCGCUGUUCAGCCGUCACCUGAGGGAUCCUUUCAUCAUCCUGCACAGCGUGUCCUAUGUGACGGGCGGCACCCUGUCCGUCGACGUGCUGCUGCUGCGCGUCCAGCCAGACCCGACCGACACCAAAGGGAGCGGAUUCUCCGUCUCCCUGGAGUGGCUGACCUUAGCUGGGGAGAGCGGGAAGGGACAGGAGAGGGUGUACGAGGUGCGGAGGAGCCGGAUGCUGCACGGGAAGUCGGUGCCCCACUACGCGGCCGUGGAACCGCGAGGGCGUGGCCUGAUGCUCGCCUCAGAGAAGCCUUUCAGGUUCACGCACGUGGACGGCCAGCCGCUGGAGGACCCUGUGCCAGAGGCCAUGGAGGUGGAGGAGAAAGCCGGUCCAGCUUACUGCUGGUACCAGACCCCAGAAGACAUCACAGUGUCCAUACAACUGCCCAAAGGCACCUCAAAGGAGGACGUCCUGUUCCAGAUAUCCAGCGAGCUCCUCAGGGUCGGUGUGAGAGACCAUGCCCCCCUCAUCGACGGGCAGCUGCACUCGCUGGUGGAUCCUGAAUCCAGUACCUGGAUCCUGAAGGAAGACGCAAGCUUGGAGGUCUCCCUGCAGAAGAGCAGUGAGGGGACCGUGUGGCCAGAGCUCAUUACGGGGGACUGCAGAGGAGAGCAGCUGAUGAGCAAGGAGCAGGCCGCACUUCUCCACGAGAGGCUGGCCCACCUGACGGCGGAGGACGGGAACGCCAACGUGGAGAAGGACAAGCCCCCGUGCAACCCGCAGGAGCUGGAGGACUGCGACAUCUUCCCCGAGGACAGCUCAAGCCUGACACGGUUCGAUGGGGACUCCCUGAGGCCCAGUCAUGUGGUGAACCUGGCCAGCCACCAGUACCUGUUCACGGUGGACGUGGACGCUGAGGAGAUGCCCUGCUUGUGCCUACGGCACGACGUGGACGCCCUGCUGUGGCAGCCGCGGCCCGAGCAGCCCGACUGCAUGUGGGAGCACAUAGCCACCUUCAACGCGCUGGGCUAUGUCCAGGCAUCCAAGCGCGACAGGAAGUUCUCCACCUGCGCCCCUGAUUUCUCCUACGCCGCCCUCAGCGAGUGCCUGCGCCGGGUCUUUAUCUACCGGCAGCCGUCGCCCGUCGACACCGUGCUCUUCAACCGGAAGCAGGGCCGGCAGGUGGGCCAGGUUGCCAAGCAACAAGUGGCCAGCCUGGACUGCAAUGACACCAUCCUCGGCUUCCGGGCCACCAGCGAGCGGCUCUUCAUCCUCACGUCUGGACACUUGUUUGUCUUAAAGGUCAAUAAUUAGGUCCAGAAGUGGUGCAUGAUUUGACGUGGUGGGUUGAGGGAGUCGCCCGACUCGCCCCCCCCCCCGCAAUUCACAGAAAUGACCUCUACUGUCUUACUGUACAUAUCCCUGUGUGCUUGGUGGCUGCGGAUGCAUCAGGUGUAAAACUGUCCAUUUCAUUUAUCUCUUUGGUUGGAUGUGAUAAAGAAGGAUAUCUCUGACUCCAAAGGGGUGUCACCCAUAUGACAACAGUAAAAGGCCUGAGUGUUUCGUGUCGUCCUCCGCAGAUUGUGUAAGCAUAUACAGAAUGUAAUUAUUGUUGGCGUCACAGUGCAGAUUCCCAGUGAGAGCCGUGACGUGCAUCAGGUGUCCUGGGUGGAAGCCGUCUUGUGUCCCUCCCACAGCUGUGAUAUUAAUAGGGGACGAUCAUUAAAACUUCCCGUAAAUCACAAACAGAA